AUGUUUGGGUAUCUAACUAGUUCUCUGGUCACCGUCGCCCUUUGCGGGAUUAUUUGCCUGAAUGGAAGUGAAGGCGCACAACUACGAUUCCCGGGACCAGCCAGGGGUAGAUCCUUGCCGUUAAUUCUGCAGCGACAGGAGCAGGCGCCGUAUCCACCAGCUGGCCUGGUGCCCGACCCACCAUUCGAGCUGCCUACAGAGGAGGCCGCGGAGUUUCCGCAACCAGAGGAGACAUAUGGUCCUCCAGCGGAUACCUAUGGACCUCCACCAGUCGUAGAGGAGCCCGCUGAUGUCUAUGGACCUCCAGAUCAGGUUUAUGGACCUCCUGAUCAGACCUAUGGUCCACCAGAUCAGACAUACGGGCCCCCCGAUCAGCCUGCCAACGAUGACAAUGCCAACAGCCAGCCCCAAAGCGCAGCUAUCUUUGAUUUGGCCAGUCUGCCGCUGCCUCCGCAGGCUCAGCAUGUUUUACCACUGCUUAGUCGCUUCACUGCCUUCCGGCCGCAGCGUCCAGCUCUCUUGACACCCCCGCGCCGUCCCGCCAAGCUCACUGCUCGUCCUCAGCCCAAACCAGCCAAGAUUGUGAACGUAAUUAACAAGGGUAAUGCUGUCUUCCAAGCGACGUCGCUGGGCUUGCCCUUUGUGGAGCGGCGCAUUCCCUUCCGCCCGCAGCCAUCUCGUUUGGUAGUGAAUGCUCCUCUGCGUAGGCGCCCUGCCAGGCACUAGACCACACAUCAUUCACCACUCUGACACGGAGC